CACUGUUUGAGGCCUCAAAAAGGGGGGAGGGCAAAAAGCCAUCAAAACACGUCUAUAUGAGGUAAAAGAUUAAAUAAUUUUAAUUCAUAUGUUGUCUUAUAAUAAUUUCUUUAUUGCUUUAAUAGAAAGCACUUUAUAUUAAAGUCCUUAUAGUCCUUAUAGUUUCAUGUAUGUUGUUGGUUUUUUUUUCCAACAGAGGAAACAAUCAAAUUUUCUUAUAAAACAAAAGGAUGAAAAAAUGAGUUAUUUUCCUCUUCACAUCAUCAGAGGAAGUAAAAGUAGCAAAAUUUCUUUCGAUCUUGCGAAACAGAGUCAAUACAAUUCCUUUGAUUUGUUUCUGCGACAUAGUAUGAAAUCAACAUUUCAAAAAUGUUUCAAGAACCUUACUACAUAGAAAACUUAUCAUUGAUGUUAUCAGAGGUUUUAGAUGACAUUGGUGUCAAUGAAAGAAUGGUGAUGAGAAGGAGAAGACAUUUAAUGCUGAGAGAUACUAUGGAUAAUAUCAUUCUCAGGUUAACUGAUAAAAAUAUAACUUGCUAUAUUCUAGGGAGUCAGAGUGAAGGUACAACUACUAUAGGACUUCACUCAGACGUUGAUGAACUAUUCUGUUUAAAUGCUGCCAAUAUAAUACAAGACUGGUCAGAAUGGGAACAUGGCAAGUUAAACUACCUUAUGAUACAGGAUGAGAACACUACCCCUGGUUAUUGUUUCUUACAACUGCUCCGAAAUGAUGAACCUCUUCCUGUUACUUACAUUCCUAAUGAACGCUACAUAACUGAUAAAAGUGGAAGAAUAUUGUUAAAAAACACAAUAUAUAAUGGUGCCAUUCAGGGUGCUACAGAUCAUGGACCGUCAAAUGCUUUACAAGGACGGCAUGGAUUCUUUGAUACAGACACUGUGCCAGCUUUUUCUUGUAAAUCAUGGCCUCACUCAGCAUCCAAUUGGUUAGAGAGACAAGGUAUUGGCAGAUGGCCAACACAAGACAUGAAAAGAUAUGCAGCCAGUACUGGGUGUUUUGUUGUUCCAACUGGAAGUAAGGUCAGUGAAUAUCCUGAACUGGAAUGGAGAAUAUCUACAUCCCUGACAGAAAGGUGCCUUAUGUUUAACCUAAAUAUAACACAAAUAAGGUGCUAUGUAUUAUUGAAAAUGAUUCUUAAAUCCUUCCUUAAUCCUCAGGGGACAAUUAAUAUAUCAAGUUUCAUGUGUAAAACAGUUCUUUUACACUGUAUAGAAAACACAGAGUCAAGUAUAUGGAAAGAGAACAAUUUAUUUAUAUGCUUAACAUACUGCUUAUUAGAACUACAUAGCUGUGUACAGAAUGACCGUUGUUCACAUUUCAUUAUCCGAGAAAACAAUUUGAUGGCAGGGCAAUUUACAGCUGAAAAAAAACAUGAACUUUCAAAAAAUAUAAGUGAUUUUUUACAGAAUGACAGACAAAUGUUACUUAGAAUUGAUAUUGAUGAUCUUGGCUAUAGAUUGCAAGUUAAACUGAACAUGGUACCACACGGAGCAUAUUAUUAUCAAUCUUCUCUUGCGAUACAUGAUAUUUAUAUGACCUUAAAUUAUUUAAACAUAGCAUACAAAAUAAGGGAAACUCAUCACUUUGUUUUAAAACAUUUACACACAAAAAACAUUAGAACAAUGAAGCAUUGUAUAGGUAAACUAAUUACUUUCAAUGUUAAUGGUAACAGAUUAGAACAGGCUGCAUUCAAGUUUCUAGCACCUUUUAUUUUUACCACAUAUGGAUCUAUUCUGGCAUCAUUCAGCAUUGGUGAAAAUAAUCAAGUGUCACCUCAAGCAUUGGUUUGGUUAUCAGCUGGUUUAAACUCAGAUAUCUCAUCUAGCAGACUUAAAUUGGCUUCAGUGUUCUACAGUACUGGAGAUAUGGAGAAAGCUGAACUAAUACUAAAACACACUGAACAACAAUAUUACUCCUAUCCUGUUCUUCCUAUCUGUAGCUGCUGGGGGAAGCCUCCACCAGCAGUAACAGCAGAAUUUGAGAGGGUUUGUGGUGAACAAAGUGAGGACUGUAUCAAACAUAUAACAGCAUUUUGUGUCAGAUUCAUACAGGAAGAGAUCAACUGUGUUCCUCAUGAACUACAAUAUGAAAUGUUCAGAUCUACACAAGAUGACAUGAUACACAGAGAUCAGUAUGAAGACAACUGGGUGGACUGCGCUGUAAUUGAUUCUCUACCUUUCCUGUACUUCCUACAAUAUAAGAUCUACAGUCAUCUACAAAGACAUCAAGAUCAACAACAAGCACUUAGUAAACUUACAAGAACCAUAGUAACUGAUAAAAACCUUGGACAUAGAGAAACAGCUCUCAACAUUUUAGGACAAUGUAUGGAACAAGAAAACAGACCUCAACAAGCAUUAAAUUGCUACCUGCUUUCUCUUCAGCAAAUGGCAAGAAACAAUGCAGCAAACUUUCAUAUAUGCAAACUCCUUUCUGGAGUAUUGGCUGGCCAAUAAAAGAUGUGGUCAUAAGCAGACAGUAUUAAGACUUGAAUUUCUACUGAUCAAAAUCAUAAUUCUUGUGUGUAACAAAUGGACAAAUGGAUGCAAAUGUCAAUAUAUGUGCUUUCAUAUCUUUUUGUUACAUUUUAUUAUCAAAUAAUAUUACCAAAUCAAAACAAGAGCGAUCAGUGAUCACAUGUGUUGCCUCAUGAUAGCCAUAACUCGACCAAAAAUUAUUCAACCUAAAAACCUGUGUAAUAUGCACAAGAACUUGAGCUACCAAUUAAUUCCUUACAGUUUCAUUUAAAUUCCAUUAGUGGUAUAAGAGGAGUAAUCCGGACAAAUUUGAAAAUUUAAAAUCAUUAAAUGGCCAUAACUCUGACAAAACUCAAUGAUCAGAAACCACAGGGUCAUGAUGGUCCUGAAAUCAGUCACCAGAAUAUUAAACUCUCCAUGACAAGGAACAAAACCAGAUAUAAAAUUUAUAUCACAAAGUUCAUAUUUGUAUCUGAAAUAGUGCAUGUGCAUUGCUAUUGCUAAGGGAAAACAACAAAAGAUAUGUACAUAUGAGAAAAAUCAAUGACCCCCUGGGGUGGGGCAAAUUUUGACCCCAGGGCUUUUAUUUGAACAAACUUGGUAGACACCCCUAAGAUUUUUUCAUGCUUUAUAUAUAACAUCUAGCUCUUUAGUAUCUUUUAAAAGAAGAUUUUUAAGUUUUUACUAUAUACAUAUAAGGAAAAUCAUUAACUCCUUUGGGCGGGGUCAAUUUUGAUCCCAGGGCUUUUAUUUGAACAAACUUGGUAAACACCCGCUAGAAGAUGUUUCUCGCUAAAUAUCUAUGCUCUAGCUCUUUGGGUUUUUUAAAAGAAGAUAUUUUUAGUUUUUUCUUCAGUUGCCAUGGCAACCAGAGUUUUACAUGGAAUUAAAUUAUUUGAAUAAUCUUUAAAGGAGACCACCAAAGGAAUAUUCCUGUGAAGUUUGGAUGAAAUUGGCUUUGCGGUUUAUGAGGAAAUGUUGAUUUAAAGAAAAACGUUUACGGACGGACGCUGGACGGAUGAUGGACGCUGGACGAAAAGCGAUCACAAAAGCUCACCAUAUCUGUUUGUGACAGGUGAGCUAAAAACAAAUAAUAUUCAAUAAUUUUACCUUGAAGGUCAAGAUCAUUCAAAAUUAAUUUGCUCUUCAUAAAGGUCUUGUCCUAAGGAUUAUUGUGUCCCAGACAACCCAUUCAUAUAUAAAAAUUUGUUCUAGCCAAUUGUAACAAAAAUCAAACGAAAUUCAAAUGUCUGACUUUGAAAGUCAUUGUCAUUUACCAGUGAAGGUCAAAUUCAGUAUAACAAGCAAUUAUCAUAGUAUUGCAAGCAAUUCAUAAGUCCCCUACCGGUUAGAACCCCAUCAACAUUCUGAAGAGCCAUUGGCAAUUCACUAAUGUUUCAAUUUUUCUCUAUUUUAAGUUCUUGGGAAAGUUCUUUAAAAGUGAUCACAGGAAACAGUUUUUAUGAACAGACAGACAGACGGACUGAAGGACACUCUAAAG